AUGUCCUCCCGUGGCGGCACCACGCUCUAUGUCACUGGCUUCGGCCAUGGCACUAGGGCACGCGAUCUCGCAUACGAAUUCGAAAGAUUUGCAUUUGUCGAAUAUGAAUCUCGUCGGGAUGCCGACGACGCGUAUUUUGAGAUGCAUGGACGUCGUAUUGGACGUGAUGACAUCCUAAAAAUUGAGUGGGCCCGAACCCCUCCAUCUGCUUCCUGGAGGUUCGAAGGAGGUCGUGAUGCCCCAAGGCGCCGUAGCCCUCGCCGCGGUCCACCACGAUCUGCUUCUCCUCGUCGCCGUGAAGGCCGUGAGGAACGCGGUUCACCAAAUGGGAGAACUCGCGAGCGUAGCCGUAGCCCCGCCGGUAAAGAGGACCGUGACCGCGACGGUGAUCGCGAAAUGAGAAGCCCAAGAGAUGAGAGAGACCGUGAACGUGAUAGAGAACGCGAACGCGAUCGUGAUCGUGACAGCCACCGUGAACGAGAACGUGACCAAACUCCACCACGUCAUGAUGACCUUGACACCGCUGAUGCCGAAUAG